AUGAGGGACAAAUAGUCCUUGGUCUAUGGACCUUGAUAGGUUAUGAUUUGCUAUUUGCUUUGUUUUCGUUUCUGAGUGUGGACUUUAAUCAGUGGGCGUUGUUUGUAGAUUUUAAGAAUGACAUUUUGUGUUUGAAAUAUACACUGUUUAAUUUUUUGGACCUUUUUUGAAUCAUUAAAGUGCGCAAACUCCGUAAUGGCUUCGGGAAGUAAUGAAGUAUUUGAAAGACAGCAAAUCAGAUAUAGUUGUGUUUCGAAUGGUGAAUUUAUUUUGGUGUCUCAUCAGACAGAACCAGAAAAUUACUGUCCAAUGGUGUAUUCAAUCAUACGAGAUUUAGACCGUCAAGGAAUGAGGAAACUGACGUUUCCAGUAGACAAGUUCCAGAUGCACGUCCUGGUGGACGGCGGGCUGGUGUUUGCAUGCGUCACGUACGCGACCAGCCAGCACUUCGUCCCGUUCACGUUCCUGGAGACGGUGCGGCGGCAGUUCUGCGACGUCCCCAGCCUCGUGGCGCGGUCGCCGCACGCCCGCGAGUACGAGUUCGACCGGGACUUCGCCCCGGUCCUGUCCUCCAUCGUCUACGAGUUCAACGUGGGUCGCGGGGACCAGGUGUCCCGGCUGCAGGCCCAGGUGGACGACGUGAAGCGGAUCAUGCUGGACAAUGUGGAGAAGGUGAUCCAGCGGGGCGAGAACCUGGACGACCUCCUGUCCAAGACGGAGAGCCUGGAGUCGGUGGGAAGCGCGUUCCGCCAGCGGACCCGCGAGGUGUACCUGAAGGCGCGCUGCCAGAACCUCAAGAUGUGGCUCGUCAUCGGCAGUCUGGUGGCGGGGGUGCUGACUGUCGCGGUGCUCGUCAUAGUGGGGGUCAUCCGCAUGUGAGGGCGAGCUGCCCGGUCGAUCGUCGCUCGAGCGAGAGCUGCCUCCGACGCGGAGGGCAGGCUUUUCAACGAGGUGCGAUUGGUAAACUCCGUACGCGUUAUGUGCCAUUUUCUGUGUGCUGAACAGAUCACAUUUGGCAGUAAUUUUUGUUGAAAGUUACUGCAAACGAAUUGUGGGCUGCAUUUGAAAUGAUGCUGUUACUAAUGAGUAGGGACAAGAUUGUAUGGUGAAUUUCUAUAAAAACAAAAUAACGCUGGAAAGCAUGUUAGUGCACCGUGGUACUGUAGUGCACUGGAAUGUGAGUUGAAUAGAGUGGAAGUUUUUUUGAUUUGGGAUGCUUGGAACCAUUGCAUGCUAGAUUAUCUAUUGUUAGAGGCAAGAUUUAUGGUUUUUUUCAGGCCAAUUUUGUUUUUUAACACAGGAGAUUUCUUUGUUAUUGGUUUCAUAUUUUAUGAAAUCUGUUUAUUAAAAAAAUAUUGUAUAUUGCUGAACGAACAUGACACUUAAAUGUUCCUUGAUAGUUAUUUCUGCAAAACAGUGUUAUUAUGACCAAUGCGAUACAUUAUGCACUUUUACAAUACAAUGAUUUGUAAUAAGCAUGUCAAACUAUUCGAAACUAAUAAAAUAUAUCUGUUAAGUAUUUUUGUGUUCGAAAAACGUACUAACAUAGCAAUACAAAAAUGAGUAACUAAUAACAGUUGCAAGUUUAAAAAGAAGUAAACUUUUUCCAAUUUUUUUUUGCAUUAAAUGUGGUACAAACUUCAUGUUAAAUAAAAAAAGUUUCAUAGAAUUUCAACAUUUAAAAGUACGUAUUGAUCAUCAGAAUUAAGUUUUGAGUGAAAAUGCUGAUUACUUUCGUGGUGAUUUUCAUUUUGAUGCUUUGUGGUACAACUUUAAUUUCGGUGUUAUUUAGGUUUUAUCGCAAUUUGCCGUGUAAUCUUGUCAGAAUCUAUUGUUGAAAUAUGAAUAUAGUUUUAAAAGGAAUACCAGUGUACAUGUGAAAUGCGACGGGAAACAGGAAACGCUGGUAAACUGUGAGCCCAGCGAGGCCAGCAGUCUGAAUGCUAGCGACUGAUUGGUGCUGGACUACAGAGUGUGCCGAGCCAUAGAAUGCAGAAUUAAAGACAUUUUACACUGUUUGUAGAGUCUACUUGUUGAUCAUCUUGUACUUGUAGAAAAACUGCCACCUAUCUCUGCUCGCAAACUCACUCGGCGAGGUCUAGCUUCCUCUUCUGUCGCAGCCGGUGGUGUCCUAGCUCUUACCUCUGGUACGUGAUUAUUAACUUUCACCACAGGAUCGAAAUACACGUAAAAUACUGGCCCGCAGGUUACCGCUUGAACGUUGUUAAUGCGAGUGAUCGGCUCCCAAUGCAUGUGGGCUGUCGUCGGUCAUUUCCAUUAAAACUGCAUCGAGCCCGCGAGAUGCGUUGACUCCACCGUAUCUGGAAAUUCGGUGCCAGUAAUUUUCGUUGCAUGAUGUCUUAUUGGUUUUCAAAUGGAGGCAAACUGUACUUAAAAAAUAACGUCCAAGCUGGGACGGUGAUCCUGAGCACUCGGGAACUAUCAGCGUAAUUUUGUUUUCCCUCACUUCUUCUGCUGCUGUGUGACAACACUCCUUGGUCGUGUCAUCGACUGUAUGAGCAUGCCCGUAGUAGUCUCCAAACACUCUGUCUUAGUGUCGAAGUCACUUCGUUUAUUAUUUCCAUACAUUUUAUAAUUACUUACCUACUUGAGCACAAAUUUUGGCAAUCAAAGUAAAUUAAAAAAGGGGGGUUGUCUGUAAAGUCGGUUUACGGACGAUAAUUUUACGUGAUAACGUCGGCCGGUUCUUGCACGCUCGGCUUAGGCGGAACGUGACAAUAAGUCAUGCUUUUUCGUGCGUGCAGCUGCGUUCAUCGAUUUAUAAGACGUUAUCACGUCAAAAAAAAGUAAUUUCUUAAUAAAUAUAGGGGCAAAUUUAAAUUCUUACACAAUACGGUAUAUAUAAAAAACCUCUCUCUUGUAUCUUUCAUGUUUCCUAGUAGUAAUGGGUCAGUUCGGGUUUCUCUGUUCUGCCAAUUCUCAGAAAAUUAACAGCACAGAGAAUCCUACCGGUACCGCAGAAAGCAUAACAGUAAACCAAUCCCACACCACUAUUUCCUAGCAAAGAGGAUGGCGAUUAAGUGACUUCUGAGUGCAGCAGACAGUAUGGAAGGUCAUUUCCCUCUAAAUUACGCACUGCUUUAACUUCCAUGUUGGUCCAUGUCUGAUUUUUGAUGUGCCCAACAUGAACACAAAUGACAAAAUGUUUGUUCAGUCAUUAAGAAGUUACCAGUUGAGUUUUUUUUUUUGUAGUCUAGUUGUGUUCCAGUGAUAAUUAGUAUGAAUAUUGUAAUAAUUUCAUAACUUUUUUUUUUGGGUUUCAUUGUUAUUGUUUUUAUGACCUGAGAUUAUGUAUGUAUAUAUGUAUUGUUUACAUUUUUGUGUAAGUAUGUUUUUAGUGAAAACAUUGUCAUGUACAUAGUCUUAAUAUUUUAUUUGUAGAGUUAAUAAUUACAAAUUGAGAAUGUAAAUGAACUUCUGUGCUACCAGAGAUGUCGGUUAUAGAUGUGGACCCACAGUGGAAUUUCACUAUUAAGGUUACUCUUCUCCGUCAAGUAUGCAGGAUUUUCAGGGGAUGGCUUUUAGAUAAUUGAAUCUGUCGAAUAGCUGACGGAUAAUUAUCAGCCAGAAAAUAAUGUGUUUCUUUGUACAUGUAUACAAUAGUAGAUUUAUAUUACAUCAAAAUAUAUGACAUUGGAAAAUGCUUUAAGAAAGUAGUAAAUUCUAUUUAAGAAAAGAAAAAUGGCAUAAAUAAUGGUAGCACCACUGACAAUAAUUUGAAACUUAGGAGCUCAGGUCAGGAAACCGGAUAGCCAUCCAUCAAAAGUAGGCAAGUAUACAGUUGCGGCCAGUUCUUUGCUGAACAUCACACACUUAGUUGAACACGAGUUAAACAGAAGUACUGUGAGAGUAAUGAAUGGCAGCCUAGGUUAUUAUGUAUGUGCAUUGCACAAAUCUUUAAGAUGCGUGCUUGUAUUUAUAACACUUCGCUUCCAAGUCCUGAUGCGACCUUGUCUGCAGUCAUAAUAACCUCGCUGUCACAUCACUGUGGAAAAAAAAAUAUAAAUUAAAUAUAAAUAUCUAAUCAGGUUCAACUCGCCCGAGGCGAGACGGCAGUUGUCGGGCAGCGUGCUGACUGGCAGAGUACGUGGGGGAUAAAUAGGGCACGCCGGGUGGUCCAGUUUGAUAUAUGUGCGGCCGGCACCUGACUUGCUCUAGGGAAGGUCGAGUCAGUCCGCUGUGUCUCGGGCGACCGACCCGCACAUUCGGAGCAGUGGAGCAAAAUUAACUGUCGCGAUAGCACAGUGCUAAUGUUCCAUCAGUUGGGACAAGAUUAUGUGAUGAAUACCGAUAAAACCUCAAUAACGCUGAAAAUCACGCCAAUACAUCAUAAAACAUCACAAUACAAGUUAAUACACCAUUUAAGUAGCACCAAAUGCAAUUACAAUCGUGAAAUCAUCUAGCAAUUGAUGGACAUAAUUUAACUCAAGUUACAAAAAUGUAAACUUUUAUCAUAGUAAAUUCAAUGAAUGUCACUUAUUUUUAGCAUGAAGCGUGUAUGUACCAAACGGAAAAAAAAUUAAAUGCAAAAAAAAAUCAAUAUAAUUGUGUUUGUUCGUGCAUCUUUUAUCAGUAAAACUUUUUACGUGAAUGAAAUUGGAAUUUUUUCGAAUGCAUAAAAAUUUGCCUAUUUAUUUUCAUUUUUCUUAUUAGUUCUGUCCAAGAUGUGCUUAUUACAAAUUAUUUUACUGUAAAAGUGUGAUGAUUUUGUUGAAAUAAGUAUUGAGAAAUAUUCUUCAUAUGAAGACAAUGUGUAAAAUAAAAAAUAACACCAAAAUCUCCUUUUGGAAAAAAAAAAAAAAAUUAACCUUAAAAUAAACCAUAAAAUCUUAUUCAUAUUUAUUAGGUAUCAGUAGAUUAUACACAAAUGUCUACAAGCAAUAUUCAACUAGUCUCGGAGAUACUGAAUUUGCCAUAUCGGGGAAACUACCUAUUUCUUAUGAGGUUCCAUUAUGAAAAUGUUGUUCCUAUUUCCUGUUACGCUUGUGUCGUAAUGAGAAGUUUGCCUAAAUAUUGUAUAGGAUUUGAGAUUUUUUUUAUUGUUUAGUACUUGCUAGUUGAAUGCAUUUCCAACUUGACCGGUAAGAUUGGUAAUCUUGUACUCGGUAGCUGUUCCUUGGACAGAUGAAAGAUUCCUGUAUUCUGCUGCCAAUCACACUUAGCAAGUUUACUAGGUGCACUUAUGCAAAUCCGCUCACUGCAAAUUUUCUCUGUUUUUUCACACUGACUCACCACACAUUAGCCAAGUAAGUGAAGUCUGUUAUUCUUGCUACUGGCUAGUCAGUGCUGUUUUUUUUUAUUCUUUGUGGAAGUAUGGAAUCGCUAAAAUAAACUACGGGUACUACACGCCCAAGCCAACUGUGAUCCCGAGGAGGGGAGUGACGGUAGCGCUAGUGUCGCAGUGAGAGAGGGGUGGGGAAUGAGGAGGGGUAUGGUGACAACUCUACUUGCCGUCCCACCCGCGACAUCAUUCGCUCCGAGCCUUGAGGCGGACUAGGGAAAGGAGGGGACAGUGUGGUGGAAGGGAUGACGACGGAGGGAGGGGUCCGUCUGACCUUGGGUAGUUCACAUUUUUCCCGGGACCACAGUUGGCUUAGGCGUGUAGUACAUGCUGUUAUUGCUUCACUUAAUUUCCAAUAAUUUUUUUAAAAAUCUAGCGAACAAUAUAAGAGAAUAAAUACCUAAUAUACAACACGUCACAGAAAUGCAAUGAAUGGGUAAGAAAGUUUUAGUUGGCCAUUGUAAUUUAGGCUAAACAGAGAAAAAUUUUUAUCACAUGCUGUAAAAUCCAGUUCCGAUUCAUCUCACAUUUGAUUAUUUCGCAAUGCAACAGAUGGUAACACAAAAUGCAUUUAUUUGCAGUUUUAACGGUUGUGUUUUGUCAACCACAUACCAUGGGGAAGUUAGUGUUUGUAAGCAUUUCAGCUGAUAUUUGGUAAUAGUACUUCAAUUAAUCUUCAUCUGUUUCCCAAGGUUAUUGUCAGUCGUGUUUGUAGCCAUGGUCCCAGUCUAGUUGGUGGCUUGCUGUCUUGUAUAUGAGUUGUGCACUAUAGUUUGUGUCUGUCAUGACUGUCAGUAUUAUAUAAAUGCCUUUGUCAUGCAACAGGAAAGACUUUAUGAUUGGCAGGUAGAUCUGCUUGCAGUGCAUUCCACCUGUAAAAAAGAAAUUAUGUAAAGUGCUGAUUGUAAACUUUUAUUUUGUGAAUACAAAAAUGAAUAAAGUGUUCAUUACAGUAAGAA